AUGUCUUCUAAUUUAGCAGAGAAAGUGACUUGUUCUUAUGUUGAGUAUAAAGAUAGAAAUGAGAGACUAAAACAGUUGGAUAUUAAAGAAAAGUAUCUUACUAAGGACGUUGAGUAUUUGAAAAAUGAACUUGGGAGAGCUAGAGAGGAACUUAAGCGUGUUAAAAGUGUACCUUUGUUAGUUGGACAGUUUUUAGAGGCUGUUGACAAGAACACAGCUAUUAUUGGAUCUUCUACUGGUGUUAAUUUAGUUGUGAGAAUAUUAAGUAGUGUGGAUGUUGAACUAUUAAAACCUAAUACAUCUGUGGCUUUACAUAGACACUCAUCUGCUAUUGUUGAUGUAUUACCACCUGAACUUGACUCAACAAUUCCUGUUUUAGGUGAUCAUGAAAAAACUGAUGUAACUUAUGAUGAUAUUGGAGGUUUAGACAUACAAAAACAAGAAAUUAAAGAAACCGUUGAAUUACCUUUACUUCAGUUUGAUAAAUAUAAAGCUAUUGGAAUUGAACCUCCAAGAGGUAUCUUAUUAUAUGGACCUCCAGGUACAGGAAAAACAAUGUUGGUCAAAGCAGUUGCUAAUCAAUCAAAAGCUACUUUUAUUAAAGUUAAUGGAUCGGAAUUUGUUCAGAAGUACCUCGGUGAAGGACCAAGAAUGGUUAGGGAUGUUUUUAGGUUGGCAAGAGAAAAAGCACCAUCAAUCAUUUUUAUUGAUGAAAUUGAUUCAAUUGCUACUAAGAGAUUUGAUGCUUCAACAUCUGCUGAUAGAGAAGUUCAAAGGGUUUUAAUUGAGUUGCUUAAUCAAAUGGAUGGAUUUGAUCAGAAUUCAAAUGUGAAAGUAAUUAUGGCAACCAACAGAGCUGAUUCAAUUGAUGUAGCUUUAUUAAGACCUGGUAGACUUGAUAGAAAAAUUGAAUUUCCACUCCCUGAUAGAAGACAGAAGAGACUUGUGUUUUCAACCAUAACGAGUAAAAUGACUAUUGAUGAUAAAGUUGAUUUAGAACCUUUUAUUAACAGCUCAGAAAGAUUAAGUUGUGCAGAUAUCAAUUCAAUAUGUCAAGAAGCAGGUAUGUUAGCUGUUAGAGAAUCACGAUACGUAAUAAUUCAAAAAGAUUUUGAAGAAGCAUUUAGCAAAGUAAUAGAGAAAAGAGAUACCGCCCACAUUCUUUAUCAUUAA